UCCCGGGGCGGCGGCGGCAGGUGGUGCCGAGCAGCCGCAGGACGGAGCCGGGGCCGCCAUUAGACAAUAGGCGGCGGCGCGGGGCGAGCGGGGCCGGGGCGGCCGAGCACCGGGGGCUCCGGGCAGCGGCGGCGCCGAGCCGCGGCCUGACAUGAUGUUUCCACAAAGCCGACACUCGGGCUCCUCUCACCUGCCGCAGCAGCUGAAGUUCACCACCUCCGACUCCUGCGACCGCAUCAAGGAUGAGUUCCAGCUCCUGCAAGCCCAGUACCACAGCUUGAAGUUGGAAUGUGACAAACUAGCCAGCGAGAAAUCGGAGAUGCAGCGUCACUACGUGAUGUAUUAUGAGAUGUCCUACGGGCUGAAUAUUGAAAUGCACAAACAGGCUGAAAUCGUCAAGAGGCUAAAUGGGAUUUGUGCGCAGGUUCUGCCCUACCUUUCACAAGAGCAUCAGCAGCAAGUCCUGGGAGCCAUCGAACGAGCCAAGCAGGUUACGGCGCCAGAACUGAACUCCAUCAUCCGUCAGCUUCAAGCUCACCAGCUGUCUCAGCUCCAAGCCCUCGCUCUGCCUCUGACUCCGCUCCCUGUGGGUCUCCAGCCCCCGUCCCUCCCUGCUGUCAGCGCCGGCACCGGGCUCCUCUCGCUCUCGGCCUUGGGCUCCCAGGCUCACCUCUCCAAGGAGGACAAGAACGGCCACGACGGGGAUGCCCACCAAGACGAUGACGGGGAGAAAUCAGAUUAAAGUGAACGGGGACGGGGGGGAGGCAGGGGA